AUGUCUUCCACCGAAUUACCAACCAAAAAUUUUCAUGUAUUCAAAAGUCACAUUGGGCCUGUGCAUGUUGUGCGCUAUGAUUCUUCAGGCGAAUAUGUUCUUACUGGAGGUCAAGAUCGUACUUUGAAAUUAUGGAAUCCUGAGACUGGUCUCGUGAUAAAAACUUACGAAGGUCACGGAAAAGAAGUUUUGGGUGCCUCCAUAACACGAGAUCAUUCAAAAUUUGUUUCUUGUGGUGGUGACCGACAAGUAUUUUUAUUUGAUGUGACAACAGCAAGAACAAUAAGGCGUUUUGAAGGACAUCAACAUCGAAUCAACGCUGUAGAUUUUAACCGAGACGGAACAGUGGUUGUAAGUGGUUCAUAUGAUUCGACUGUUCGUAUAUGGGAUUGCAGGGGAAAUUCACGGUAUCCGAUACAGAUAUUGGAAGAAGCAAAAGACAGUGUUGCUUCUUUGCAAGUAUCAGAUUAUGAGAUUAUUACAGGAUCUGUUGAUGGCAAUAUACGAAGAUAUGAUCUUCGAGCGGGUGCACUUUUGACUGAUCUAAUUUCACAGCCAAUUACCUCUGUUUGUUUUUCUGGAGAUGGUAAUUGUGUGCUUGCUAGUUCUUUGGAUGAUACUAUUCGAUUGAUGGAUAAAGAUAAUGGUGGAUUGUUGAAUAGUUUCAAAGGACACAAAAACACACAAUACAAAAUACAAUCAUGCUUAUCGAAUUAUGACAUGCAUGUGAUUAGUGGAUCAGAGGAUGGAAAUAUUUAUAUAUGGGAUUUAUUAGAGGGUAAAUUGUUAUCAACAAUAAACCAAGCACAUGGAAGUGUAGUCACUUGUGUCGCUUAUAAUCCGAAGCAGCCAGUUAUGAUUUCUACGAGUGUAGAUGGGACCGCAAAGGUUUGGAAAACACAAUCACUAGUCUAG